AUGGAAGAAUCUCCUUCAAGCCUGCACGUAGCAAUGUACCCUUGGUUUGCUUUUGGCCGCAUGAUUCCGUUUCUCCAAAUUGCCAACAAAUUAGCCAAUAAAGGCCACAGAAUCUCCUUCUUCAUUCCGUCAAAAACUCAACCCAAAUUGCAACAUUUCAAUCACUUUCCAAAUCUCAUUACCUUUGUCCCCAUCACUGUUCCUCAUGUUGAUGGUCUCCCUCCUGGAGCUCAAACUACUGCUGAUAUUUCUCACCCUUCGCAACUAUCUCUCAUCAUGACAUCUAUGGAUCGCACCGAACCUGAAAUCGCUUCUUGUCUUCAAGACAUAAAACCCAACGUCAUCUUCUUUGAUUUUGCGCAUUGGGUGAUAAAACUAGCAAAUCAAAUGGGCAUCACAUCAAUUUAUUAUAAUGUCAUUUCUGCUGUCACAACUGGUUAUGUUCUGGGCAAAAUACGGGAAUUGUCUGGACAUGAUACUUUAACUCAAGACGAUUUUAUGCAGCCACCUCCUGGUUUCCCAAGUUCCUCAAUCAAGCUUCAUGCUCAUGAGGCUCAAAAUUUUGCAUCCCUUAGCCAUUUGAGACUUGGCAAUGUGGUUCUUCACCAUGAUAAUGGAGACCCAGUUGCUCUUGGUUGUGGUAUUUGCUUUAUUUGA